GCAAAAUCUGAGGACCUCAUUUUCAGGACUUAAGAUGUGCUGUUGCGUGAGUUAUGAAACAUUUUGCAAUUCUCUACAAUCUUGCAACUCUGGCCCAACGAUAGUACUUAGUGAGGACGUGUGGGAUACAGUGAGCUUUAAUAAUACAUGAUUUUAUUCCAACAUUAAACGUGAUACGAUAUGAUGUGAUGCGCGGGAACGAUGACUGCUGACGUGCCACGCAGAUGGGAUUGGAUGUUCAGAUGGAGUAGGAGAAGUGGAUAUUCUGCGAUUGAGACAAUCAUGACACAUGAUAUACGGGGGUACUGGGAUUCGACAGGUUUUCAAUCGCUGGAUCCAUCCCAAAUUGUCAAAAGACAGUCUGCUGGCAUUCCAGAUGUUAUAGAGUUGCAUGUAAGACUAUUGGCGGAUAGAUUUAUUUUAUCCCAUAUCGCAUCCUCGGAGUCGCACAUCAUGCGUUUCUCCUCUGCAAUUGUCCUUGCCAUCGUCGCUGGAUUGACGGCAUCAAGCUCUGCCACGCCCGUUGAGGGCUCUGCCACAGAUAGAUGUGCCGAAUUUUGCUUCAGUGACGGAGCUUGCGCUGGCUAUUUGGUUUCUAUGCGUAGUGAGUCGUGUUUCUGCUUUCACAUCAGUGCAAUACAGCCGUUGGCACUGACACGCGAGUUACCAGUAAUAUCUUGAGUCCAUCAAUGGGUCGUUGGCAGUGAGGGUGAUUUCGUUUGAUUGGGAAAUGACACUUAAGGACAAUAAUAUUGCCGUACAGAUCAGUCCAUGGCGCAGUGUCAGUGACUGUUGCUCCUGCUGAAUCGCCGUAACGGAUAUGAACCUAUAAUCUGCGCUUAGUAAUAAAAACACACCUAGGUCAUCCUUGUCCG